AUGAGAGGGCAAGGGUACGACAAUGGAGCAAACAUGAAAGGAAAGAAGUCUGGUCUCCAGAAAAUAAUUUCAGAUAUGAACAAGAGAGCAUUUUAUGUACCAUGUAGCAGUCACUCAUUGAAUCUUGUUGUAAGCGAUGCCGCUAUGUCUUCUAAAUAUGCUGUUUCCAUGUUUUCGACAGUGGAAAGCUUGUAUGACUUCUUCUCGUCCUCCGUUCGACGUUGGGAUGUCUUGGAGAAGUAUCUGCCUAACCUGUCGCUCAAGCCACUGAGCGAUACUAGGUGGGAAAGUCGCAUCGAUGCACUUACUCCCAUGAGGUUUCAUAUUGGAGGAGUUUAUGAUGCACAGGUUCAUAUAUCAGAAGAAUUCGAUGACGUGACCGCUCACGAAGCAACGUCACUUGCGAAUCAAAUAAAAAAUUACACCUUUCUCACUUCUCUGGUGAUCUGGUACGACGUUCUGCUUCACAUCAGUGUAGUCAGUAAGGCCCUCCAGACCAUUGACAUAAAUGUUUCUGAGGCCAUGGAAAUGCUUGAAAAAACGAAAGCAUAUUUUGAGACCUGCAGAACAGAAGAAAAGUUUGUGUCUUUCUUGACGGAUUCCAAAGAAUUGGCUACAGAAUUAGAGCUAGAAGAUCUAACGUUACCACGGAUAAGUGUUUCCCGGCGACGAAGUAAGAAGCCAAUACACUUUACCUAUGAAGGAAGGGAUGAGACAGUAGAUGAACCAACAAAACGUUACAAGAUUGAAUUCUACUAUUAUCUUUUAGAUAUAGUAACCACAUCUUUGGAUGAGAGAUUCAAUCAACUGAAAUCUCAUUGUAAUUAUUUUGAUUUUCUCUACAUCAGUGAGAUGAAGAAUUCACCUCUUGACAGCCAGGACACAAAGUGUAGAAAACUCGCAGCGCUUUUGCAACACCAUGACACAAGCGACAUUGAUGCACUGGAGUUGAGGGAAGAACUAAAAGUGCUUUCAACGUUGUUGAAACCUGGAAUAGGUGCAAAAGAGACUCUGAAGUUAACAGGAAGAUAUAAUUUUUGCCCUAAUGUUAACAUUUCUCUGAGAAUUCUCCUAACACUCCCAGUGACAGUUGCAAGUGGAGAGAGGAGUUUCUCAAAACUGAAAUUGAUAAAGACAUACCUCUGA